AGUUCUGAUUGGCUGUGCACGCGUGGAAUAUAAGCCCAGACGCGCGGCCAGGAGUGCAGUAGGACGCUCGGAGCUGCUCUGGUAGCGAUGGCUCUCCCCGUGACCUUGGCCCUGUUCGCGCUGCUUUUCCUUUCUGGCCUAGACGGCGAGCCGCGUACUCCAAAGAUUCAGGUUUACUCACGGCAUCCAGCAGAGAAUGGAAAGCCAAAUUACCUGAACUGCUAUGUCUAUGGAUUCCACCCACCUCAGAUUGAAAUUGAUUUGCUGAAGAAUGGACAGAAGAUGAAAACGGAGCAGUCAGACUUGUCUUUCAGCAAGGACUGGUCGUUCUAUCUUCUGGUCCACACAGAUUUCACUCCCAGUACAGUGGAUGAGUACAGCUGCCGUGUGAAUCACAGCAGUCUCGCUGCGCCCCAUAUGGUUAAGUGGGAUCGAAACAACUAACCAGCAUCAUGGAGGUUUGAAGAUGCCUCAUUUAAAUUGGACUAAUUCCAAAUUGUUUCUUCUUUUUUUUUUAAAUACUUAUAUGCUAGUAUGCUUUAUGUACACAAAUUGAGAAGAUAUAUUGAUGUUAACAUAAAUACCUUUAUAAUUCUACUUUGGGCUCUAUGUCUUCAUAUUUGAUGCAUGUGGGUAGGUAGCUGUAGCAGGUUGCUAGAAGUUUAGAGGUGGGAAGGAGGGAAUUCUCAUGUUCAAUAUCAUCAUCUUGGUCUAAUCUGAACUCUUUAGUAUUCUGCAUACAAAAUUGGAUAAGAUCAUUGUGCAUGUUUAGAGUUAAGCUCCAGUUUGCAUACUUUGCUUAGAAUUUUUGGAAAUAGUUUUUAAAAGAAAAUUGUCAAUUAUUGGAAAAUCAUUAUAGUGGAUUGAAAGAAUUUUCAUAUAAAAUUCACAUUUACCUCAUAUUUGUGUGGCACAUAUGUUGCAGGCGAGAAUUCUGUCAGAGAACCACCAGUACGCCAGUUGUAUUGCACAUAUUUUGAUAUUUUUGCUUCACUGAUUAAAAUAAUGGUAAACUUGA